GCCUGAGACGUUUUGCUUAGACCUGGUGUCAGAAGGAAGAUGUGUCAUCGCAGAAAAAAGCAAGCAACAGUUGACAGUAAACAUGGUCUAUCAGAUCCGAUCUCCCAAAGACAAUUCUCUUAUUCUGGCCUUGUGGAAUGGAGAACGCUUUGAGGAUCUGAAGCAGUCGGACAUGAAAGCUCUUGGGCAGCCGGGCCAGAUAACUGCAAGUGGACCUCUACAGAACCAGAUGCCAGUUUGUCAUGACGUACUGCAAGCCCCACCUGUACAGCAUGGACAGGCUUUGAUGACCAGUGACAGUGACAGACAGAUGGUGGGAGUAGCUUUGCCUGGUGCUGGUUCCAAGACCCAAGCAGAAUUGAUGCAGACAACCAACCAGAAGUGUGAGACUGUCAGCCAGGGUUAUGCUGGUUCUGGCACAGAAUCUCUCCCAUAUCCUGGUCACACUACAAGUAGUGAAUCUGGAGAUACUUCGGCUCUCAGCUGUAACAGACGACCAGCAGAUUUAUCACCCGGUCAGUCCACAUAUGUGAAACCUCUACACCAGGGCAACUUAGGGCAGCCACAGAAUAAAACUGAGCCAAUGGAGGAGGAAGACGAAUUCAUAUUCAAGAAACCCUUUAGUGAGAAUGAGGAUUACUUUAGAGUCUGCCAGUACUGUGGAUAUACCAGCAAAAACUUCAAAUGUUGUGAAGGCUGUAACAGGAUUUUCCACGGUGAAGUGAAGAUUCACAGUUUGAAAAAGCAACCACAAAAGUCCAUCUCUGCAGCACCUGUGCCCGUUAACAGUGCACCAGUUCCAAAAUCUGGUGCAUCUCCAUCAAAAGAAAAUGUUCGGAAGAAAAAUCCAGCAGGUCAGAAUGCAAAAAAUGCCUCAGCAAAUGGGAGUCCACAAAAGGGAAAAGGACGAGUUGCUCAAGACCGGUCCGGGCGGACAAAAGGUGGAGGACUGAGAGGCAGGGCAGGAGUGAGAGGAAAUGGUACUGAUGAUUCUCUGGUUGGCAAAAAACGGAGCAGUGGUGGUUCUGAAAGCAGCAGCGAUGGGUCCGGAAAGAAACGUCCAGCCCGUCCCAGAGCUAAGAAUGCUACACCGAGAAAACGAUCAAAGAAGACUGAUGAACCAGUCACAGUCACCAUCUCUUCUGAUGAAGAUGAGCCGUCAUCAACAUCAAGUAACAUGGCUAACCACAAUCCCAGUCCAGCCGGAUCUGCAGGAAGUGAAUCACCACUGUUCCCUUCAACCCCUGCCGAGCCAGUUGCAGCAUUUGGCAGGUUCCGAAGAGUGUUGAUGGAAGAUGAGGAAGGACAAAGUAAAUUGAGCAAGAAAAUUCAGCAGCAGGUAAUGGCUCCAGUGAUGGACAGGUUUGAUGAUGAAGACGACGAGGAUGAUGACGACGAGGAUGGUGAUGGUGAUGAUCCUGCAACUUUUGAGAUUGAGAUACGAAGUGUCCGAAUCGGAUCCAUGCGCACUCAGCCGGAGGGACCUUUAUUAAUCAAUCUGCAUGGAAUUUGUUUCAAAGUUAGAUCUGAAAGAACUGAGGAUGCUUUUGAGUGUGAGAUACUUGCUCAGGAUGUGGAGAAGGUGAAGUUCUACUCUGGACAAACUCAGCCCGUGUUGUUCUUGUUCCUGACAUCAGAAUGUGCGGACAGUUUACGGAAAAUCUGCCACAUGAAACCUGGCGAUGAUGAGUACUUUGAUCCUAGUAGCACAGAUAUGAAAAAGAAAAUGGUUGUGAUAAUAAUUGAAUGCUUUAACUACAUGCCCAAUGAGAUGUUGAGAGAAACUCUCACCCAAUGGGCAGACAUAAAUCACGUGGAGGAUGAGAGCUUCAUUGAGGAACUCACAGAAGAGAGUGCUAAUGAUUUGUUGAUUCAGUCAGCCCCACCGGUUCUCACUGCUGAUGUUGAAAGAGAUGUUGUCAAAUUCAAGAGAAGGUAUUUAAAAGAAGCAAACAACAGGUCCGCAUUGCCCAGGAUACCUGGGUCACCUUCAGACAGCACGGAUAACGAACCAGACAGCACAUCAAGUUCCCCACCAGACAUGAAGCAACUUCUUGGCUCCUCAGUCAGACUACUGCAGUAUCCUCCUCCGCCAGCAAGAGGGCUUCCCAUCACCACAGAAGACCUAUUUUGCCUCACAGAGGGAGAGUUCCUCAAUGAUGUCAUUAUAGAUUUCUAUUUGCAGUAUUUAUAUCAGGAAAAGCUGACUGAGGAGAACAGGAAGAGGACUCACAUUUUCAGUUCUUUCUUUUACAAGCGUCUGACUCAGAGAGAUAGACAUGCUGAUAAAACUGAGGAGGAUGCCAAGAAGAGUCUGCCGGAGAGGAGACAUGCUCGUGUGAAGAAGUGGACGAAAACUGUGGAUCUAUUCACCAAGGACUUCAUCGUUGUUCCCAUCAAUGAACACUCUCAUUGGUACCUGGCUGUAAUAUGUUUUCCUGGGCUGGCAAACUCUGAGGUGGUUCCGUUUAUUCCAAGCAAUGCUCACAGGGUGGAUUAUGACGAGUCCACUGAUAACACUGGAGAUGAUAAGUCUGUUGAGGAUAACAGCAACCAGGACACUCUACCCAGAACAAUACUGGGGAAGCAGCUAGAUGCCAAACAGUGCCUGGAUAAUGAAGACAGCAGAUACAAUCUUGGACAGAAGCAGCCAUGUAUUCUGAUGUUUGAUUCUCUGGCUGGACCCAGCAGAACUCCGAAUGUCAAGAUGUUACGAGAGUACUUGCAGUGUGAAUGGAAUGCUAAGAGAUCAGAACCUAGGAAUAUCACUAAAAUUGUACGAGGGUCUACACCGAAAGUCCCGCAGCAAAGCAACUACAGUGACUGCGGAGUUUACUUGCUGCAGUAUGUGGAGAGCUUUUUUGAGGACCCUAUAGCAGAUUUCCAGAUUCCCAUGAAAGGACUGCAGAACUGGUUUCCAGAGGAAAUAGUUCACAAAAAACGUCGGGAAAUUCACGAGCUUAUAAUGACUCUUCAUCGUCGCUACCAGGAGGGGCGCCGCGACCCCAACAUCUUAGACAUCAAAUUUGAAGCAGCACCGCGUGAGCAGCACAUGAAGUUCCAUCCCAACCCAGAAAUGUAUGCCGGGUUUAGUCGAGAUGACGAAAGCUCUAACUCCUCAGUGUCUGGCGAGAUGAGUCGAUCAGAACCGAUGUCAGUAUCCUUCGGGAUGGGCAACCGUUCUCCGGCACAUCCUCAGGGUCAGUUUGGACAACAUCCUGGUGCUGACAGAUAUCAGGACAGGCAGCAUGGUGGCAAUGACAAUCAAGAUGCCGGUGAAAGUGAUAAUGCCAGUGAGAGUCAGUAA